CUGCAAUGCCUCCGCAGGCGGCACCAAACCAGCACCUUCAUGGGCAAGGAAAGCCGAGCAGCCAGCAAUACCCAACUUUAUGGGUGCCAAUCAUUGGCCUCACCACCAUUCUCGUUACGAUAACUAGUGCAUGCAUGUGGCACUUUACUUGUCCUGCCAACCUCCCCGUGCUAUCCCAUGCGGCCGAGUAUUCGCCAGAGUACUACAUCGUUGCUAUUGGCAUGAACUGGACGGGGUAUUGCAUGUAUACGUCCACCGCUCGUUUCUCCGCCCUCCUUCGUCGACGCUUGACGAGGUUCCGUGGAGGGUUACCGACUCUGUACGACGUUGUGUCCGUUGCCACCACCGUCGCCUUGUGCAUUCUCUCCAUUUUCGACUCGAUUCGAUUUACCGAAAUUCAUACCGUCGCAACCACAGUGUUCUUCCUAUCCGCUUGGUUGAAGAUAACGCUGGCCCAUGUCGGUCGACAUCACCUUUCAAAGGAACCUCCAGCGUCGUCUAUGUAUGGCUUAGUUGGCCGCAUGUUGUUGUAUCUCCUCGCGCUCAUACGUCAGCAUUGCGUAGAGAUAUCUUUACCCGCGGCAGUGGUGCGUGGUGCAUUGGAGUUGGCCUUGCGUCUUCACUGACAUUUGGCUACGUCUACUUGGCUCGGCGGCAGGACCCGCUGGCGUUUAGCGUCGCCUUGGAGUCGUCGAGCGAACUGCUGGCCAUUGUGUGUCAACUGUUGUACAUGGGAACGCUUCCCACGGACCACCCCGACUUUAAGUUGCAAAGCGAACUGUAACUGACUAACUUUGAAAUACACCUCUUGGGGGCUA